UCGAGCUGUAUUUGAAUGUGGGUUAGUUGGACGGCUGUUGCUGAAGUGGGCUUGGAUUUCGGGUGGGUGGAAGAACUCCAAUCUUCUACAAGUCUGGAGAGUAUUGCGACCAUUAAGUUUCACUUUUAAAGCUUCGAGUCUCCGAAAAUUCAGAAAAUAUGGAAGAAAAAGCAAGAUCGCAAAUACAAAUGGAAGAUUACACGCAUGGAUCUCAGAAUAUUAAUGAACAAUGGAUGCAGGAAAAUGUUGAAGCAGCCUUUUGUAAUCAGUGUAUCAAGAAUCUGAAAACCACCCAUCAUGAAAAAGAUCAGGCUAAACAUCUGACUUCUCAAGUUGUGGACACCAAGGACGAACCACUGCAAUCCUGUCUAAAAAUAAUGAAUGACUCUACCAAGUGCAAGAAUUAUACAAAUAACAGCUCAAAUUUAUUGCAGGUAAAUGAACGUGCCCAUUCUUCUGAGAAAUCUGAGGUGCUACCUUCUACUCCAAAUUAUACACAACAAUUUAUUCCUAUUGAUUCCAGUGACUUGAAAGAUCAGCAAAACUAUGACUUUUCUCAAACUUGUAGCUCUUCCAUGAAAGGUGAUGAAUGUAAUGCAUCCAGGCAUGAAACAGACACCAUGAACCCUUUGCAGAAAUGUAGCACAGUAACAAUCAUACCUGUUUUCUCUGCAUCGAAUUGUCAACAAACAAAUUCUAAAAUGAAGUUGGAUAUUCAAAGUGAAAUGGAUAAGAACAACAUAAGGAGGGCUGAAAGUGGAGGUACCAUUGCAUUGCAUGACCCUUUCACUCCAGGUCAAGUUAACAAGCACUCAGAAGAUAACAGGAGAAUUGCUUUCCUGUUGAAGGAACUGAAUGCAGUGAAAGAAUCUAAUAAAAAGCUUCAAGAUCAAUUGUCAGAAAAUGAAGAAGAAAUGGAAGUAUUAAAACUGAAUCUGGAAUUGCAAGAUAAAGCAGUAGAAGCUAGAGUGGCAGAAAAGGCUGCAGUUUUAGUUGAAGAAAUAUAUCGUGCACAAAGUGAACGGGAUGCAGCUGUUAUGUCCAGACUCCGUCUAGCCAAUGAGGAAAGAGAUGAAGCACUUUUGAAAAGUAAACAGCUGGAACAGGCCUUUGAGGGGUUGGAAAAUAUUAACCCUGAAGAAAAUGACGUGACAUUGCAGGAGUUACUGAACCGAAUCAACAAUGCUGAUUCAAGGUGCGCAGUUGACAAGAAUGGAGAUUUAAUUGUAGAUAAAAUUCACAAAGCCAGGGAGCGGAAGGAAAGAAUAACUGCUGAAGAAAUGAAUGCAGUUAUUGAGGAAAGGGAUGCAGCCUUAUCAAGAUGUAGAUGGUUGGAGGAGGAGCUACAUCUUUUGAAAGAGCAGAACCAGUCAUUGGCUAAUAACACAAGACAGCUGAGUACUGAAAACAAUCAAGAAUGUGCCUUGAAGAUGCUGACUGACCUGCUGAGUUCCUCCAGCAUUUUGUGUGAGUUGCUUUGGAUCUCGAGUAUCUGCACACUCUCUUCUAUGUACAAGUAUUUAUUUAGCACUUUUAACACAACAAAACAUUCUUUACAGGAAAUUUGAAUCAGAACUGUAUAUGGCAAUACUAGGCACUUGAACAAGACUGUCAGAGAAAGGUUGAAAGAUCAAUCUCAAAAAAACAAAUAGUAAAAAAGAUUUAGGAGCACUUGUUGGUAAUAGGAAGGAAAGAGAUUUGAGAGAAAGUGAUGCAAGUCCAUGGAAAUUUGAAAAUAAUUAUGGCUACUUAAUCUGGAAGGUCAAUGAGUACAGGAAUGAGGGAUGAAUGCAAUUAGGUGUAGGUUAGAAAAUAGCAGUAGUUUUAGAUGGUAGAGUUUAAGGAGCAUGAGUGGCCAGCAUGAUUACUUUGUAAUUUUAAUUACAGCAAGGGCACAGAAAUGAGCUUCAAGACCAAAUGAUCUUUUGCUUUUGUGGAGAUGGACUUUCACGAUGUUGGACUCUAAAUGUGUGGCCAGAACUUAUUUCAAGGUCUAAUAUGACGCAGUGAUUCUGAACAUCACUUGUGAAUAAAAGAAUGGAGCUGAUGGCUAUGGCAAAUAUUUGUGGCCAGGACCAGAGCAAAAAACUUUGGUAUUUCCAAUAUUUAUGAGGGGAAAAUAUAUGCUUAUUCUGAAUUUUACUCCAAAGCUAGUGGUUUCUUCAAGAGAGGUAAUGAUGAAAUGAAGCUGAAUAUUAUCGGUAUUCAUAAGGACACUGGUGUAUUUUCAGAUGAUGUCAGUGAAGAGUUGCAUGAAAAUGAGAAAUAAGAAGAGGUUAAAGAUAUUUUUCCAAGACUGCCAGGGUACUGAUCAGUUUUGUUACCCCAAAAAUAGGCAUUUAUUAUGUGACUCUAUAGUAAAACCAUAACACACUUGGAUUUUCAGGUUUAGCAGAGGCAUAAAGAAAAUUCAUAGAAGCACAGAAAGCUAACUUGUAUUCACCAGACUCCAAGUAUUCCAAGCAAGCUAAUUCCGAUAUAAGCAUCACACUUGUAACAGAUUUCAAGUUGAAUAUAAGUUGCUAAUGUUUUCGUAUCCUAUGGCUCACCGUGGCUUCUCACAGAUUCCUGCAUUAAAAAAAUGCAGAGCUAUGAGUGAGUUAUUCUGGUGUUUAUUGUAAUACACGAUUGAUUGUAAUACUGUCAAAAGGGUUUUAUCUGUUUAUUUUUUCUCUACCCUGCAUAAGUGUAUUCUCAAGUGCUCCUGGAUUCUCUUUUGAAUUGCUAGUAGAUUUUGAGGUCAAUCUGGUUAAGCAAAAUAAAAUUACUUCUUAAAGCUACUGCCUCAAACCUAUUAUAAUAAACAUUGUACUUGCAUUCUCACCUCUACAGCUGUCAGUUCAAUUUAUGAUUGGUUGAUGUUUGUGAUGGCACAUUUAAUUGGAAUCAGUGACCCUUAUACUAUAAUUCUCCUGAGUCCCUUCUUCCAAAUUAAUGCUGCCGCUCUGUCGAAAAACUGAUAUUUGUUUGCUGCAUACUGGUCUUUUUAGUACUGUCCUGGGUCCAGAUUUAUGCUAUAAAUUUUAUUCAGUGGUGUGCACGAUAGUUCCAUUUUUGCAAUUGCAUUUUCAUAGGAACAUGCAUUUUUUGUUUUAAAAAAGGAUGCAAAGGAAAACUGAAAAAGCUGAGUACAGUACUUUUUGAAUAACUUUAUUCAUUAUAUGUACAUCAAAACAUCAAAGCUUUCAGUGAAAUGCAUCGUUUGCACAAUGAAGAUUGUGUUGCACAGCUCACAAGUGUUGCCGUGCUUCUGGUACCAACAUAGCAUGCCCACAACUCACCAGAUCUAACUGCAUAGUCUUUGGACUAUGGGAGGAAACCAGAGGAAAUGGAAGAAACCUAUCUUGCACUACGCUACUGCCACAAAACAAUAAAAUUUAAUGAUGCAGGUCAGUGAUAAUAAACCUGAUUCUGAUUCAGUAGCUUGAGUCUGCAUUCUGAGAAGUUCUUGGUUAGGCAUCUCAGUCCAGACUAGAUGAGAGAAAGCAAACUGUGAGAGCCAGUGUCAGAGCAGGGAGAGAAAUGAGAAUCAGGAUCAUUCUGUGCAGAAACUCAGCUCUGUUUCACAUCUUUUCCAGUUAUGUAAUAAUACUACUUUCAGAACAACACUGCAAUUCCUAGUGUGAUCUGAUUAAGGCUCUAUACAUCUUUCACAAACAGUAACAACUUUGUUUUUCUGAUCUAUUCACAGAGAGAUAAAGCACACAAAUGGGCCUUUCACCUCAACAAGUCCACAUCAUGUCAACCAGUCAUUUUACAAUAAUCCUAUGCUUAAUAACAUUUUUAUUGCCUCUCUGUUCUAUUCAACUUUCCCCAGGUUCUUUUACUCACCAAGAUACUAUGGGAAAUUUACAGUGGCUAAUUAAUCUACCAACUGACACAUUUGGAACAUGACAGGAAAUCAGAACAUCCAAGGUCAGAAUAGAACUCAAAUCUCCAAGACAGCAGCUAAACGGGGUUAUUGAAGCAUUGGAAAAGUAGAAGCAGUUUGGAUCAGGUGAACCCCUUGAGUAUGAGGAAUGCAGGAAAUCAGUAGGGUAAAAAGACGACAUGAGAUAUUUUAGCCAGAUAAAAUAAAGGAGAUUCUUAAAGAGAUUCUAUAAGUAUUCUAAGAACAAUAGUGUAACCUGAGGGAAAGUAGUUCCUACUUAAGGAUUGGUGUGAUCAUCUAUGUGUGAAACCAUAGGAAAUGGGUGAGGUCUUAAAUGAAUCCUUCUUAUCUGUAUUUACCAUGGAAAAGGUCAUGGAUGCUUGGUAAUUCAGGGGUAAGGACAGUGCUGACUUAAAACAUAUUACUGAACAGAAGGUGUUGGGAGUCUUGAUAUCUAUAACUAUAAAGAUAGAUAUGUUGUGUAUUUAAUGUUUUAGUAAUAUUGCAAAUAUAUUGUUUGAUUAAGUUUUUGUGUUCAUUUAAUUAAUUCAUUAUGGGUUAAAUGUAAAAAUAUAUGAUUUGCAUACGUCAUGAUGUUA